UUGACUCGACUCUUGAGCGGGCUUUUUUGCUUGCUUGCUACGCCUGGUGUACAACGAAGAAGGUGGCAAAGCAAAGGGGCUGCAUUGGUUGCAAAACUUGCAAUGGAACAGCACUUAGGGAGCGUCUGUGAAUGCAUUCUCAGUCUCUCCACAAACGAUAAGCGUCUGAAUCUUCGAGCCCUAGCUUCUGCAAGGUCUCUCAUCAUAAACUCUUCAACCUCUGAUUCUACAAUCUCGGCACUGUUCGAAACCCUAACUCGUUUUCUGCAACUCACCACCGAACCUCGCGCUCUUCACCACACUCUCAAACUUCUCUCCGACAUCGCCUUCCACCAUAGCCGUCUCUCUGGCCUCGUAUUCCACUCGGUCCGCUCUUACUUACUCCGCUCCGACUCCACUCGCCUCUCCGCCGAAUCCCUUGCCGUACUCUCCUCAAUUGCCGAGCAUGAUCGUUCCUUGGCUUCCGCGAUGGAUGAGCUCGAUGACCGGUUCUUUGUAUCGCUUUGCUUCGGUCCGUCUGUGUCCGUGCGGUCCUGGUUUCUCUCCAAUGCAUUCCGGUUUCCAAUUCGGCCGUAUGUGUUGCUUACAGUGAUGCUAGGGUUUACGAAGGAUCCGUAUCCUUAUGUGAGGAGAGUUGCUUUGGAUGGCUUGGUUGGUUUGAGCAAGUCCAGUGUUAUUGAGGAUUGUGGCGUGAUUGAGGGAUGCUAUUGUCGUGCUGUUGAGCUUCUAGGUGAUGCGGAGGAUUCCGUAAGGUGUGCCGCAGUUCAUGCUGUCAGUGAAUGGGGGAAAAUGCUUGUGGCAUCCGUCCAAGAGAUGAAUAAAAGAUAUUGGUCAGAUGCAGUAUUUGUUCGGCUCUGUUCUAUGGUAAGAGAUAUGAGUAUGGAAGUCAGGGUUGCAGCUUUUGAUGCCCUUGGAAAGAUAGGAGUUGUAUCAGAGGAUAUUCUGCUACAAACCUUAUCUAAGAGGGUGCUAGGCAUCACAAAAGAGAAGAAACCUCUAGGUCAGUGCAGCGCAAAAAGAAAAUCUCUUGGUCAGUACAUUCCAAAACAUUUUGACAUACAGGCAUGUGUUGCUGCUGGAGCUUUUGUUCAUGGGCUUGAGGAUGAAUUCUAUGAGGUACGAUGGUCUGCCUGUCAUUCCUUGCAUACGCUCACAAUCCUUUCAGCAAAGUUUGCUGGUGAAGCCUUAAACCUGUUGAUGGAUGUGCUAAAUGACGAUUCACUGAAUGUCCGUUUACGAGCUCUGGAAACAAUGCAUCAUAUGGCAACAUGUGACCAUCUUAAGGUUCAAGAAACACACAUGCACAUGUUCCUUGGUACUCUAGUUGACAACAGUACCUUCAUAAGAUCUACUGCAAGGAAAAUUCUUCGACUGAUGAAGCUACAUGAUUUAAAGAUGUUUCAAUCAUCUAUUGAUGGCCUUCUGGAAAAUUUGGAAGUAUAUCCACAGGAUGAAGCUGAUAUAUUAUCUGUUUUAUUUGAUAUUGGACGGAAUCAUGGUAACUUUGUGGUCUGCAUCAUCAAGAAGUUCUCUCAAGAGAUAGAGCCAUCAUGUGAAGGCAGAUUGGACUUUGAUAGUGUGAGAGUUGCUGCAUUGCUAGUGCUGGCCAUCUCAGCUCCACUUUCAGAAGCUCAGAAAGUUUGCAGCAUUCCAUCUAGAAUUUUUUCUUAUGCGGUUACACUGCUAGGAAGGAUCUCUCAUGCUUUGAAGGAUGUCAUGAACCAAAAUACCCUUUUAGCUUACUUGUCUCACUGCAGUAAAUCCACCAUAGUUGAUAACUCAGAGUCAUUUUUUCCCAUGAUUGAAGGUGAUAUUCCAAAUUGUUCCUGCAUUGAUAUGAUUAGUCCUGCUGGCAUGUCCUUGCAGCAGGGGGCCUCUGAAAAUGAAAAUCAGAAGAGGUUAGAGCCCAGGAAGUCAGCAACUCCACUUUUAGAUUGCCAACUUGAGGUGCACAGUGAAGUAGCCAAGUCCAUAAAGCUUAUCCUUUUAAAGAUUAAUGAUAUCUGGUUCUUGGUACAAAAGGGAUGCAUGGCUGAAGUGCUGAGGAUGUUGAGGAGUUUCAGGGAAGAAUUGGCAACAUAUAUGAGUGACUCACUUGUAUCUGCUGACACAUUAGCCUUUACAUUUCAAUAUCUCCGGGUUGUGAAACUGCUUGCCAAGGUCUGGGAGCACUUUCUGCCUCCAAGAAAGACCCAGUCUUAUAGAAUUGGAGAGUUGAACCUUUUAUUGGGAAAACUGGACAGGAACCUUAAAGAAAUGAGGUAUAGGUUCAGGGGAUUGAGUAAAGAAGAGGAGUUGCAUGUUUUGGAGCUGAUACUUGUGACCUGCAUUCUGAGGCUGUCUAAAGUUGAAAUCUGCUGCCAUAAUGCUACCUUGAAGAAGUUGUCGAUGAUAAUUUCUCAUGCAGAGUUUCUUCACAAAGAAGGUUCUAUUGAACCUUACAAUUUUGUCGUAGAACUCAAGAAAUCAUUGGGUGAAAUUGACACAUAUAAUGAUGGAGCUUCCUGUAGGCCAUUUCUGUUGAAGAGGUUACUUGAAUCUUUCUCCCUCAAGCAGUUUAGGUUGAGCGGAAGUCCCAAGCACAUAAAGGCAGAAAUAGAUCUUCCUGGUAAUGACACUGAACCACUUCCUUUCAUUUCAGGAUUACCUGUUGGUAUACCUCUUGAGAUCACUUUAUAUAAUGUUUCCAGUGAGAAUAGGUUGUGGCUGAGGAUGAUUGUACAUGAACAAUUAAUGGAGUUUGUCUUUUUGGAUUUAAACCAAUCUGGAGGCUGUGAUGAGGUCAGGAAAUUCACAUUUAUGGCACCCUUUUACAGAACCCCAAAAGCAAUGUCUCUCACUUUGAGGGUAUGCAUAGGAAUGGAAUGUUUGUUUGAGGAUGUUAACUUGAUCACUGAUUGUGGUGGCCCAACAAGGGAGCUGGUGUAUAUUUGCCAGGAAAAAGAAGUUUAUCUUGGCAUGAUUCCAUGGUGAUUUUUGUGUUGCUGGGAUAUUACAGGAGUAUUUAUUACAUCCAAGGAUUUUUUGGCCAAAAGUCGAGGAUGAAUCAAGAUGUUAAAUCCAUUUUCAUUUGAGAUCCUUUUGAAUGGACAUGGAAGUUGUAGAUUCCAAUGAAGAAGGAUCUGGGUUCGAUAUUCACCAAAAUGCUGGACAAGAUGUGCACUUGUUUCUUUUUCUGGAGAAGUGGCAGGAGUGUUAUUUUUCAAGAAAAGAGGGGUUGUGGAAGCAUUCGAAUGGAAGGCCGGAGUGCCAUUUUUCAAACAAACAGCUGGAUUCCAGAGACUUCUAAUCAAAAUAUCAAAUACAUUCAGCUUUGAUACGCUUGCCUAUGUUCUGAUUUUUUUUAUUUUAUUUUUUAUUUUUCUAUGUGGCGGGUUUUUUAGUUGGGGUUUGGUGUUUGUACGAGUGGCUUGUGAAGCGUAAUGAUAAACAUCGUAUACAUGUACAGCCAUCUGCAUUGGCUCGGUGCAAAACCUUUAUGGGUCUAUUAUUUUUCCCAAAUGAAAAUGAUCUUAGCUAAACGAUGUUUGUGGGCUAGUGAAUCAAGUUGAUUUUUC